AUGCCACAGAACCAACUGCAUAGCUGGCUGGAUGCUGUACUAUUUGGGCUCCUGCUUCUCCACGUCCAUGUGCAGGGUCACAACUCACCAGAGGCCAGCCCCAUCAGAAACACACAUACUGGCCAGGUCCGAGGCAGACUCGUCCACGUGAAGGACACUAAAUCUGGUGUCCACACCUUCCUGGGAACCCCCUUUGCCAAGCCUCCUGUAGGACCACUGCACUUUGCACCUCCUGAGGCCCCUGAGCCAUGGAGUGGUGUGAGAGAUGGGACAUCACUACCAGCCAUGUGUCUGCAAAAUCUUGAACUACUGUAUCCAGAGGGCCUGAAGGAGAUGAAACUGAACCUGUUUCCCUUCUCUAUGUCCGAGGACUGCCUGUAUCUCAACAUCUACACACCAGCCCACGCCCAGGAGGGCUCUAACCUGCCUGUGAUGGUGUGGAUCCACGGUGGUGGACUGGUUGCAGGCAUGGCUUCCAUGCAUGAUGUAUCUGUGCUGGCAGCCACUGAGGAUGUGGUGGUGGUCACUAUCCAGUACCGCCUGGGUGUCCUGGGUUUCUUCAGCACUGGAGACCAGCAUGCCAGAGGCAACUGGGGAUACCUGGACCAAGUGGCUGCCCUAGGCUGGGUCCAGCAGAACAUUGCCCACUUUGGUGGCAACUGUGACUGGGUCACAAUUUUUGGCGAGUCUGCAGGUGGCACAAGUGUGUCUUCACUUGUUGUGUCCCCCAUGUCCCAAGGGCUCUUCCAUGGUGCCAUCAUGGAGAGUGGAGUGGCCCUGCUGCCUUACCUUAUCUCCAACACCUCUGAGAUGGUCUCUACUAUGGUGGCCAAGCUCUCUGGAUGCCAGGCCAUGGAUUCACAGGCCCUGGUGCUCUGUCUGAGAGGCAAGAGUGAAGCAGAGAUUCUGGCUAUUAACAAGGUCUUUAUACUGAUCCCUGCUGUGGCAGAUGGAGAGUUCCUACCCAAGCAUCCCAAAGAGUUGUUGGAAUCUGAGGAUUUUCACCCUGUCCCCAGCAUCAUUGGUGUCAACAAUGAUGAGUAUAGUUGGACAAUCCCCAGGGUCCUGGGCUCUGCUCAGACAAUAAAGCAAAUAACCAGGGAGAACCUGCAGGCUGUUCUGAAGAAUACAACAGCAGAACUGAUGCUGCCUCCUGAGUGUAGUGACCUGCUAAUGGAAGAGUACAUGGGGGACACUGAGGAUGCCCAGACCCUCCAAGCACAGUUCAGAGAGAUGAUGGGAGACUUUCACUUUGUCCCUCCUCCAGGUUCCCAUGCCCCUGUCUACUUCUAUGAAUUCCAACAUCAAUCCAGCUUCCUCAAGGAUAUCAGGCCACCCCAUGUGAAGGCUGACCAUGCUGAUGAGGUUCCUUUUGUCUUUGGGUCCAUGCUUUUUGGGAUGAAACUUGACAUCACUGAGGAGGAAAAACUGCUGAACCAGAGGAUGAUGAAGUACUGGGCCAACUUUGCAAGACAUGGGAACCCCAACAGUGAGGGCCUACCCUACUGGUCCAUGCUGAACCAAGAUGAGCAGUAUCUACAGCUGGACAUCCAGACUGCUGUGGGCCAAGCACUGAAGGCAAGAAGGCUGCAGUUCUGGACCAAGACUCUGCCCCAGAAGAUUCAGGAGUUAAAUAGAUCUGAAAAUAUGCACAAAGAUAUGUAG